CAAAAAGUCAAAUGACAACUCAAUUCUCAGUCGCCACAUUUGUCUCGUGUUGGUGUUUUAUUUUUUUUUAAUAUCGUUUUAAUAUAUUAAAAAAUAAUGACGAAAAAGAUUUCAAAAAACGUAAAAUAUACCCAAGCAGAACUUGAAAACUACACAAAUGUCGACGGGUCAUGUGUUAAAAAAAUGAAUACAAAUUUACAUCUAAAUAUUCUACCAUCGGGUUUGAAAAAUUUUAAGCAAUCCCUACUAACCCUACUCUCGCACAAGAAAGUCGGUUCCUACGAUGAUAAAAUGGAGGGAAUCAUUCUGGACAUACACAAUGUUAAAUUAAUUGGUGAUUCUGGAGCCAUCCGAUUUGACGAUCCAAAAAUACACUUGGAUGUUGUUUGCGAUUGUUAUGUUUUUAAACCAGUAAUUGGAGCGAUUGUGAAGGGAACAGUUCGCCAUGUGUCUUCCUCUCAAAUCGGUGUGAUUAUCUAUCGGGUUUUCAGUGUGUCCAUUCGGCUUGUAAAUAAAUCAAAUGUUAAAAUUGAAGUGAAUUCAGAAAUUGAAUUCAGAAUUAAACAUUUUGAUAUGGAACAUGUAUUUCCGUACAUUGAAGGAGAAUUGGUGAAUGGCAACGAAUUGGGUUUGGAAAAUGUAAAUAAUUUAAAACGUGUCAAAAUAGAAAAGGAAGAACCAGAAGAUUGCAAAGAUGAAAUUGAUAUCAUUGAUUUGAUUGAUGAAAUAAAAGAAGACGAACUCAAUGAAUCACAAACCAUUUCACCAUCAAAACCAAAGAAAAAGAAAAAGGGAAUUAGUUUUAAAACUGAAGAAUAAAAAUUAUAUCUAUAAAAAACU